GACGUUGCCAGUCGGGAUUUCGGAGAUGGUCCUCCACUCCAUCACCGCGAAGCCCGUGCAGAAUUCAACAUCGCGGCAUCCGCCAUGCCUACUUCGCAACCACCACCGAGCAGCGGCGCCGUCCGCCUUCGCGCAGCUCUCCUGCGACCAGUCCAGGGCAUCGCCAGCCACGUCGUUCGCGCGCUGACUUCGGCCGCCUACCCGAUUCGCGGUAUCUGGUACUUCCUGCGACAUCCCGAGUUCUACCCGCUCUUCGUCGGCCGCCUGCUUCCCCUAUCCAUCAUCUCCUUUCUGGUCUAUUUUCUGCUCUUCACGUUUACCUUCUUGCCGCAGUUCUUAUUCCUCCUCAUCUUUCAAGGCCGCGCCGGCGCAUUGAUCAACACCACGGUGCUGGUGCUCGGGGAGGGGCUGGUGAUUAUUCAGGGGCUAUUCGAGGGCUUUUUCGUCGACGAGUGCCGUGUGGAUAUCUUUGAUGCCACCCUGAUCAACCACGAGCUCAUCGACCUCAUCGUGCCCCACCGCGUCCUCUUCCUCGAAGCCCCCAACGCCGUCCGAAUGCUGGGCAAGCCGACCAGCCGCGCCGAAUACCAGCCAUGGAGCCUGGUCCAGAUCAUCGAGCUGAUCGUCUUUCUGCCGCUGAAUCUGGUCCCCUUCGUCGGCACGCCCGCCUUCAUCAUGAUCACCGGCUCGCGCCUCGGCAAGCUGUCGCAUCACAGAUGGUUCAAGCUCAGGGGGCUGGACAAAAAGCAGAUAAAACGGGAACUCAAGGCGAGACGGUGGGAAUACCUUUGGUUUGGGACCGUCGCGAUGAUCUUGGAGCUCGUGCCUAUCUUGAGCUUCUUUUUCUUGCUGACUACGGCUGCUGGCGCCGCCAUGUGGGUUGCCAAGAUGGAAGGGAAUGCGAGGAUACGGGUUGGGCGACCAAUCUCCCAUGAGGACCGCGUCUAUGAUGAAGAAGACGGGCCGGUGUAUGAGGACCAAGUUUGAGCUAAUGAUGCGAUGACUACAUAAGAUGUUUGGCUCCUUUUUCUGUUCGUUGUCUCUCACACGCCCGCCCGCCCGCCGCUGUCCGUGUGCGGGAACGGCAGUCCGUUCUCCCUCGUUGCCUGCCGCACAGUACCUGCUUGCCAUUCCAGACUGCCA